AUGGCCACGCUCGCCACCCCGCCAGAUCCCAGUCCCAGUCCCAGUCCCAGUCCCAGUCCCACCACCAGCAACAGCGACAGAUCCGCUCUGAUCCUCUAUGGCACCGAAACCGGCACGUCUCAAGACCUCGCCCACGAGCUCUCGCGCACCCUCACCCGCCUGCGCUUCUCGCCCGUCGACGUCCUCGCCCUCGACGACCUCAUCACCUCCACCUCCACCUCCACCUCUCCCUCUUCUUAUUCCUCCAUCCAAACCCUCCUCCAAACCUACACCCUCACGCUCAUCACCCUCUCGACCACGGGCCAAGGCGACUUCCCCAACAACGCGCGCAAGUUCUGGCAAUUUCUCCUCCGCCGCAAACUCGGUCCCACCACCUUACAUGGCGUCAACUACGCGCUCGUCGGCUUGGGCGACUCUUCAUAUCUGAAAUUCAAUUGGGCCGCGAGGAAGUUGGGGAAGCGGCUCGGGCAGUUGGGCGCGAGGGCGGUGGUGGAGGCGUGUGAGGCGGAUGAGCAGGGGGACGAAGGGGUGGAGGGGUCGUAUCUGCAGUGGGUGGCGGGGCUGAGGGAUAGGGUGUUGGAGCUGUGGCCUCUGUCGGAGGGAGUGGAGGUUCUGGGGGAGGAGGUGGAGGUGCAGGAGAGGUGGAAGCUGGGUGUUGGCGUGCGCCAAAGUGCUGGUGCGAAUGGAUUCAGUCAUGUGAAUGGAGCGGGUGUCAAUGGUAGAGGGGGCAAGGAGCAGCAGGCGGGGCCGCCGAUGGCGGACUCGUUCCCGGCGGUGCUGGAGGUCAAUGAUCGGGCUACGCCGGCGUCGCAUUGGCAGGAUGUGCGGUUCAUGAAGCUACGUGCCAGUGGACAACAUGACUACCUUCCUGGGGAUGCGAUAGCGGUGAUGCCGGAGAACAUGGCUGAGGACGUUGAGACGCUCAUCAAGCAAUUGAAAUGGGACGACGUCGCCGACGUGCCGCUGACGCUCCAGUCCAAUACCGCCCCUGCUGUUGGCCGCCCAUCGCUACAGAAGCCACCUCUGGACCUCGAACCAGGCCAACAGAUUACGCUGCGGACACUCCUCACCAAAUACCUCGACAUCAACGCUAUCCCCCGCCGCUCCUUCUUCGCCACUAUAGCCAGGUACACCUCCGACGAGAUGCACCGCGAGCGCCUCCUCGAGUUCACCGACCCGCAGUACCUGGACGAGUACUUCGACUACGCGACGCGGCCCCGCCGCGGCAUCAUCGAGGUCCUGCAGGAGUUCGACACGGUCCACAUCCCCUGGGAGCAGUGCAUCAACAUCUUCCCCAUGCUGCGGGCCCGACAAUUCAGCAUCGCUAGCGCAUACCACGACACGCCCAGCGGUGAGACUGUGUUCGAGCUGCUGAUCGCCAUCGUCAAGUACAGGACCGUCAUCAAGCGUAUUCGUCAGGGCGUCUGUACGCGCUACCUCGCCAAGCUACCCGUGGGCACAGAGCUGCGCGUCGCACUUCGCCGUGAAGGACGCAUCGCUGACCGCAGUGAAAUCGCUGAGACCAACCACAUCCUUAUUGGUGCAGGAACCGGCCUCGCGCCGCUACGGGCGUUGGUACACGAAAAGGAGCUGCGGUCCCUGGGGCGAUCUUCGACGAUGCUCAUCUUCGGCUGCCGCAACCGAGACAGCGACUACUUCUUCUCCGAGGAGUGGGCGAGCACGACGGCGCGAUGGCCGCGCUUCCAGCUCGUGCCGGCCUUCUCGCGAGACCAGGCGACCAAGGUCUAUGUCCAGGACCAGAUCCGAGACCACGGUGAGACCAUUGCCAGCAUGAUGCAGGAUGGCCGCACCGUGGUGAUUGUGUGCGGUGCGUCCGGGCAGAUGCCGAAGGCUGUGAGGCAGGCGCUGAUAGAUGUCCUCGCCCAGAAUGGUCAGUGGCGAAUGCUGCCAGAAGAGGCGGAGGAGUACGUGGCUGAUAUGGAAAAAAGGGGGAGGUACAAGCAGGAGACCUGGUCGUGA